AGAAUUUAUUUGACUAGUCUAGAAAAUUGAUAUUCAUAGAAAAAUAAAAUAUUGUGCUGUAUCGCUAAAACGUAUUUAUAGUGGUUUCUUUAUUGUUAGGUCGGUUUGACAUGGAACCCCACGAAAUUUUGGCGUAUAUUCGAAAAGCCCUUCAAGCCAAUUAUUAUACAAAUUUUGCUGUAGAACUGGAGGGAAAAACUAAGAAAAAUGAAGGAUACGUGUCAGAUAUGAUAUUUGCGAAAAUUAGAUUGGCUGAUACUGGCAAAAACCUGCAUUUGGCCAUAAAAUUUUCAAAAAAAUCUUUGCGAAAAUUCGAAGUGUAUAAAAAUAUUUACAAACACGAACUUCUAUUCUAUACGGACAUAUUGGAAUUGUUUAAUGAACAUCAAAUUAAGCAAAAUGUUUCGCAGCCGUUUCAUGCAGUGCCAAAAUGUUUUGCCACCUUCUCCGACGAAAAUGCAGAUACUGUAUUUCUAGACAAUUUAUACAAGCAUGGAUUUGUCGUACGUGAUCGAAAUUUAAGCAUGGAUUUGACUCAUCUUGAACUAUUAAUGAAAACUUUUGCCAAAUUUCAUGCACUUUCCCUUUCUUUAAAAGAACAACAAAAUAAGUCGUUUCUGAAACUGUUAGAGGAUGAUUUUAUAACUAAGAAAAAUACUGUGGCUGACUUUGGCUUACAAGAUUUUUUUAAUACAAGUGUACUUAAAGUUGCAAAUAUUUUAAAAGGAGCAAAACGCACAGAUUUAUCUGCAAAAUUUGAAGCGUUACUAGAAAAGGGAAUGCCCAAAAUUAUAUCUGAUAUCCUUAAUGACACCCCUGAGAAAUCAGUGAUAAUACAUUGUGACGGCCACAAUAACAACAUUAUGUUCAAAUAUAAGGAUAAUGCCCAAGAAGAACCAAUUGAUAUUGCUCUUAUAGAUUGGCAACUACUCAGAUAUCAUUCUCCUGUCCUAGACUUAUCGUUUACGUUGUAUUCAGUUGCAUCUAAACCAGAGAUUACUGAAUCAAGUGUUUUGUUGAAAUACUAUCACGAAGAAUUGUCAAAGUUUUUAACGGAAUUGGGAAAUGACACCAUACGUGUAUUUCCAUAUUCUGUAUUAAUGGAUCAUUGGAGAAAGUAUUCUUUAUAUGGAUUUGCGUAUGCUUGUUGUUACAUGGAUUUUAAUUUUGUUGAACUUGAAGAUGCUCCAUCAUUGGACAAUUUGGAUGAUAUAAGUUCUGUAUCACAAAAUCUAUCUGUUAUUAAUUUAGAAAAUAAUAUUAUGUAUACAGAAAGAUUAAUAGCAAUUGUUGAACAUUAUUUUAAUAAUAUUGACUUGUAGUUCCUAUAUUCUUAAUUUUUUUAAAUAAACAAGAUUUGUAAUAAAGUAUUCAAUUUUUAGUAACAUGUCUAAACAGAAUAUUUUCCAAAAUAUAUCUACU